UCCAGUGCACAAAUGAGAUGAACGUGAACAUCCCACAACUGGCAGACAGUUUGUUUGAAAGAACUACCAACAGUAGCUGGGUAGUGGUCUUCAAAUCCCUCAUCACAACCCAUCAUCUAAUGGUGUACGGAAAUGAGCGUUUUAUCCAGUAUCUGGCGUCCAGAAACACAUUGUUUAAUUUGAGCAAUUUCCUAGACAAAAGUGGACUGCAAGGUUAUGACAUGUCAACGUUUAUCAGACGGUAUAGUAGAUAUCUGAAUGAAAAGGCAGUUUCCUAUAGACAAGUGGCUUUUGACUUCACAAAAGUAAAAAGAGGGGCUGAUGGAGUGAUGAGAACAAUGAGCACAGAAAAACUCUUAAAAACUGUACCAAUUAUACAAAAUCAAAUGGAUGCACUUCUUGACUUCAAUGUCAAUAGCAAUGAACUUACAAAUGGUGUAAUUAAUGCUGCCUUCAUGCUUCUCUUCAAAGAUGCCAUUAGACUGUUCGCGGCAUAUAAUGAAGGGAUUAUUAACCUCUUGGAAAAAUAUUUUGAUAUGAAAAAGAAUCAGUGCAAAGAAGGCCUUGAUAUAUAUAAGAAGUUCCUCACUAGAAUGACACGGAUCUCGGAGUUCCUUAAAGUUGCGGAGCAAGUUGGAAUUGACAGAGGAGACAUACCAGAUCUCUCACAGGCACCGAGUAGCCUUCUUGAUGCUUUGGAACAACACUUAGCUUCUCUAGAAGGGAAGAAAAUCAAAGAUUCCACAGCUGCAAGCAGGGCUACCACCCUUUCCAAUGCAGUCUCUUCACUUGCAAGCACUGGCCUGUCCCUCACAAAAGUUGAUGAAAGGGAAAAACAAGCUGCGUUAGAGGAAGAACAGGCUCGCUUAAAAGCUUUAAAGGAGCAACGUCUAAAAGAACUUGCAAAGAAACCUCAUACCUCUUUAACCACUGCAGCUUCUCCUGUGUCGACUGCAGCAGGAAGCAUAAUGACUACACCAGCCACUGAUAUUUUUUCUACCCCUAGCUCUUCGAACAGCACUUCAAAGCUGCCAAAUGAUCUGCUUGACUUGCAGCCAACUUUUCAUCCCUCUGUACAUCCUAUGCCUGCUGCUCCACAAGUAGGAAGUACCUGGGGAGAUCCUUUUUCUGCUACUGUUGAUAGUGUUGAUGAUGCCAUUCCAAACCUAAAUCCUUUCCUUACAAAAACUAACGAUGCUGCUCAUCUGUCUGUGUCUUCUGAUGUAUCUACUUUCACCAGUAGGACACCCACACAUGAAAUGUUUGUUGGGUUCACUCCAUCUCCUGUUGCUCAACCACAGCCAUCAGCUGGCCUUAAUGUUGAUUUUGAGUCUGUGUUUGGAAACAAAUCUUCUAAUGUUGUCCUAGAUUCUGGUGGCUUUGAUGAACUAGGUGGUCUUCUAAAACCAACAGUGGCCUCCCAAAACCAGAGUCUUCCAGUUGCCAAAGUACCACCUAACAAAUUAGUGUCAGAUGAUCUGGAUUCAUCUUUAGCCAAUCUUGUAGGCAAUUUGGGCAUUGGAAAUGGAACUACUAAAAAUGAUGUGAACUGGACUCAGCCAGGUGAAAAGAAACUGACGGGCGGUUCCAACUGGCAACCCAAGAUUGCACCUACAACUGCGUGGAAUGCUCCAACGUUGAAUGGCAUGCAUUUUCCACAAUACGCACCACCUGUAAUGGCGUAUCCUGCCACAACGCCAACAGGAAUGAUGGGCUACGGGAUGCCGUCACAGAUGGGAGGUAUACCAGUAAUGACACAGCCAACUUUAAUAUACAGUCAGCCAGUCAUGAGACCACCAAACCCUUUUGGCCCUGUACCCGGAGCACAGCUGUCUGCAGCAUCCAGCCCUUCCAGUCAGAGUCCUCACAGAGCCUCAGGAAAGGAUCCCUUUGCAGAGCUCUCUCUCCAGGAUUUCUUGUAGAACAACUUAGAUUCAGUUUAUGUAACUGUGUUAGAUGGAAGAGAAAGGAACGUUUCCAAAAAGAUGUGCUCACCAAUAAACCCCCACUUCCAGGAAAAAAUGAACUUCAGUCUCUCAAACUCUCCUCUUUCAUUAAACAAUGCAGUGAAAUGAUGAAGACCGAUGAAGGAACCUGGGACAACUCCAUCAGAAAACAUCAAUAUACAGUACCAAGCCAAGAAUUGCCAUGAAUUAAGACUAAGAUCUUUUUUUUUUUUUCCCUGUCCUAACACAUCAAUACUUUCAGCUUCUAAUAAUAUCCAUGAUCGGUAACAUACGGAGAGAAGCCUUUAUUCUGGAAAUUGAGAUUGGUAUUUGGAAGUGCUGUCUGGAGUGGAGAUAUGUCCUUUACUGUAACUCAAAACAAGACUUUGGGCAGGGGAGGGUCAGAUCCUAACUCUUAAUUCUGCAGUUCCCUUUUCUUCAGUCCUCACAAAUGUAGGCACAGCAGUAAUGGAAAUUAACUUUUUUAAAAAUUAUAUAUUCAGUUUGCAGUAGACAUUCCUUAUGUAUUAUUGUUUGUAUUUAUUUAUGAUUAUCAAUUUAACAUUAAUAUUGUAUCAAAAAAACCUCCUUAUGAAAAUGAGUAUGGAUGUAUACAGUAUGUCUGAUUUUUAUCCACAAAGAAUGAAUCUGAUUCAGAAUGCUUUUCAGCUGACAUACAGAGCACUAAAUAUUUUAAAGGUCUGAAUCUAAUGAAUUCUCAGUAUAUAUGGGAAUUAGGGAAGAGCUGUAAAAUGCAUUAAUCCUUAUAGUCAACUCUGUGCCUAGGAUUUUGCAAGGGAACAGUUAACUGACUAGGAGAAGCACUACAUUUUUAAUUCAGCAUUAGUGCGUUGGGAAGGAACUUUAUUGCUUUGUGCUUGGCAUGUCAUUAUUUUUACAUUUGACAUUAUAAGGCCUUUCCAAAAUGAAUGUGAGGAAUUGCUUUCAUUUUAAGACUUUCCUUCUUUUCUGUAAAAAAAAAAAAAGGUGUUGUGUGUUGAGGGGAAGCCUUUUCACUUGGCUAGUGCCAUGUUUAUGAUCAUGUACCUUUCAAAAGUAAAAAAAAAAAAGGGGGGGAAGUAGCUUCCUUACAUAGGUCUAGUGGGUAUUUAGUUAACGAAGAAUUAAAAGUAGCACUGUUGAUCGGUGCUUUGUGUAAAUACAUCAUAACUUUUGGGUGGAGUGGGGCCUUCAGAAGGAUAGUCAAUGAUCUGAAAGCAAUUCUGUACAUGAAUUAAGCAUACUUGCUGCAUUGUCUCUGCAGAUUCUAUUUUUGUUUAAAAUAUUAAAAUGUAUGUUAGUAAAAAUGGGUGGAUUUUCAAAUAAAAUGCAGCUUCCACAGAACUUUU